CAUUCAGGUCUGUGAAUUUCUUGAAAGAACAGGUACUCAAGAAUAACAAAAUAAGUUAUUAUUAUUAACCCCCUUCAUUGUCCAGAUCCCCAAAGUUAAUAUUGCUCUCACUGUAAGCUGAUUUUUUUUUAAUUAUUUUUUUCUGAAAUCGUAGAGAAUAUUUUUCUGAAGGCAAUAGCACCAAAAGUACAGAAUUUAUGGAAUUAUUCAAGCACAAAGUUAGCGGUCUGGGCGCAAUUUAUGCAUCGGCUAUUUCAUUGCCUUUGAGUCCUAUUUUAACCCUUAAACUGUCCAAACGUAGACCUGUGUUCUCAUGCGUAGCACUCCGAACGUAGGUCUACGUUCAAUUUUACAUGCUUUCUUAUGUUAAAAAAACAUAGAUCGAUGUUUGGACAGUUUAAGGGUUAAUUCUUUCACUGUCAAGACCCAUGAUCACAAACUUGCUCUCAGUGUUGAAAAAUAUUAAAAAAAAAAAAUGAUUUUUUUCCUACCAAAAUCUUAAGAAUAUUUUUCUGAGUCUUCCCCACCACCCAUGCCAUCUUCCCCACCAUCCAUGCCAUCUUCCCCACCAUCCACGCUGUCCUCCCCACCACCCACACCAUCUUCCCCACCACCCAUAUUAUCUUCCCCACCACCCACACUAUCUUCCCUACCACCCACACCAUCGUCCCCACUACCCGCCCCAUCUUCCCCACCACCCACACCAUCUUCCCCAUCACCCAUGCCAUCUUCCCCACCACCCACACUGUCUUCCCCACCACCCAUGCUGUCUUCCUCACCACCCACGCCGUCUUCCCCACCACCCACGCCAUCUUCCCUACCACCUACUCCAUCUUCCCCACCACCCACACCAUCUUCCCCACCACCAGCACCAUCUUCCCCACCAUCUAUGCCAUCUUUUGCACCACCCAUGCUGUCUUCUCCACCACCCACGCUGUCUUCCCCACCACCCACACCGUCUUCCCCACCACCCAUGCCAUCUUCCCCACCAUCUAUGCCGUCUUUUGCACCACCCAUGCUGUCUUCACCACCACCCAUGCUGUCUUCCCCACCACCCACACCAUCUUCCCUACCACCCACACCAUCUUCCCCACGACCCACACCAUCGUCCCCACCACCCACGCCGUCUUCCCUACCACCCACACCAUCUUCCCCACUACCCACACCAUCUUCCCCACCACCCACACCAUCUUCCCCACCACCCACGCCAUUUUCAACACCCACGUCAUCUUCCCCACCACCCACGCCAUCUUCCCCACCACCCACACUGUCUUCCUCAUCACCCACGCCGUCUUCCCCAUCACCCACGCCGUCUUCUCCACCACCCACAUCUUCCCCCAUGCUGUCUUCACCCAUGCCAUCUUCCCCACCACCUACUCUGUCUUCCCUACCACCCAUGCCAUCUUCCCCACCACCUACUCCAUCUUCCCCACCACCCACACUGUCUUCCCCACCACCCGCGCCAUUUUCUCCACCAUCUACGCCGUCUUAUGCACCACCCAUGCUGUCUCUCCACCACCCACACUGUCUUCCCCACCACCCACACCAUCUUCCCCCACCACCCACAUCAUCAUCCCCACCAUCCACGCUGUCUUCCCCACCACCCAUGCUGCCAUCUGUGUUAGAAUUAUCACUUGGGAAGAGAAGAGUUCCAAUUCCAAUUUGUAUUCCCUACCUCUAGGCAUGGUGAACAAGACGUACUGAAUUGGCACUCCCACAAUGCACUGUGGCUUCCCAGAUUUUUUUUUAUGCUGCACGCACUAAGCACACAGACCCAUUCUCUAACUACCUUUCUCCUGUUAGAUUUGAAGCCGCUAGAAUUUUGGCGUAAUAUUACAGCACCAACACUGGCUUGCAAGCCGUAAUGUUACGGCACCGACAGUGAAAAGGUUAAGUAAAUUUCAUUGCUCCACUCGACCAAAUUCUUAACUAUUUUGCUAGUAUGCCUUCCAUUCUAUCAGCUGAGCACGAGAAACUGCCCAUUCAACUAUUAUAAAUAUGCAAUAAAAUGUACAGAAGUCAGUAAUUUGGUAAAAAAAAAUUCCAGUUUAAAAAUAAUGCAAAACGAAAUUUUUAAGACAUUCCUGACACUAAAGCAUUUCUUCCAUUCAUUUAUAAUGUCCCCAAGCCUCUCCUGUUUCCAGGAUAAUAAUAACCAGGAAUGAUUGGUCAUGGUUGACAACAUCCCACUAAUUGAAUCAUACCCAUAAAACAGACUGGAUGGGUAUGGGGAAACCUUACCAUCCUCAGCAAAAUUGGCAAAAACCGAAUAGUUCCGCUACUUUGAGCCCAAUUUCAAGCUUCUUCUGGUCCUGAAAUUAAUGAAAAUUAUCUGUUACAGCAGUAUGACCUCCAUUCUAUCAAUUAAUACCAAGAAACACCAAUAAAACCAUAAAACCCAUCAUAAAAAAAACUCAAAGUUGAUAUUUGAAACCAAACGCAUUGUUGGUUUUACUUUUAUAAUCGUUUACCGUGUAGGGCAGGAUUUUGUUUUUAUACUGUGCACACUCACUGAGCAGACCCACUCUCAUAUCUGUGCUAAAAUUUAUCACUUGUAAUUUAUUUGAGUGAGCAAGACUCUUGACGACUCGCAUGAGGGAUAAUACACAAAUAACCUACACGUAGGAGAAAGGACCUUACAACGAGGUUUCGGUCCGACUUGGGCCAUUUACAAAGUGGCUUUGUAAAUGGUCCAAGUUGGACCGAAACGUUGUCAUAAGCUCCUCUCUCCUAUGUGCGGGUUAUUUGUAUAUUGUUCCAGUCAUGGUAUUGUGACUGUUAUUUACACACGAGGGAUCCCGACCUCAGUGACAGUUCUGUAUGACUUCUACUGAUAGGGUUAAAUAUAAAUGCCAUUCACACAUUCUGCUGUUCACUACAUCUUAACUCUAAUGCUGAUGCUGACCUAGAGGAUGAAGAUGUUUGUUUCACUGGAAAACAUUGAGGUUACACAGGAUGGGUUUUAUAAUUUGUAUGUCCGCAGUUUCAGGAAAAUAUUGUACUGAGGAUUCUAAGAAAAGUCCAUUGUUAUGGAAAAUAUUUCAGGCAGGGUAGUGCUUUUCCUGACACUUCCCUGAGAGCUGUAACAGAACAAGUACUCAUGCAUGCUCAAGGAAGCACAUGUGCACACACACACACGCAUGCACACAUACAAACACACAUACACAUAUACACGCACACACACAUACAUUCAUUCAAACACAUACAAACACACACACACACACACACACAUACAUUCAUUCAAACACAUACAAACACACACACACACACACACACACACACACACACACACACACACACACACACACACACACACACACACACACACACACACACACAUGUAUAUACAGUGGACCCCCGGUUAACGAACUUUUUUCAUUCCAGUAGUAUGUUCAGGUGCCAGUACUGACCGAAUUUUUUCCCAUAAGAAAUAUUGUGAAGUAGAUUAGUCCAUUUCAGACCCCCAAACAUACACGUACAAACGCACUUACAUAAAUACACUUACAUAAUUGGUCGCAUUUGGAGGUGAUCGUUAAGCGGGGGUCCACUGUAUUAGAUUAGAUUAGAUAUACGAUGUUUGUACAAGGGUGAGUGACAUUUAGAUAUACAUUCAGAAAACCCCUUAACUCUUAAACUGUCCAAACAUAGAUCUGCUUUCACGUGCGAGGGGCUCCGAACGUAGAUCUACAUUUUUUUUUUUUACAUGCUUUCAAAUAGGGAAAAUAAAGGUCGGACCACUACGCAUGUGAGCAUAGAUCUAUGUUUGGACAGUUUAAGGGUUAUUAUGCAGAGCAUUUUGGGCAAACUUAAGAAUAACUUAAGAUUAAUAAGGCAUUGACUAAUUGAGUGUUUUUAUAUACAGUCUGUUAGCUGGUUGUAAAUAUAAAUUUAGGAGUUAAAGUGAAUAUACGUACCGUAUUCCGCAACUUUUUAGACACUUUUUUUUUCCAUAAAAUGUCUACAAAAACCACCCUGCGUCCUAUAAACUGAAGGUCAGUGACGGGAGCUAUAAGUUUGGGGUGUGGGGUGGGCUGUAGCUCUCCCAGUUACGUCUGAUGCCAAGCUAUUGAAACUAAAACAAGUCUUAUAUGCCACAAAAUACGGUACAUACGUGCAUAUAUUGAAUGUUUACUGUAUCGAUUAUGUAACGAACAAAUUAGAAUAAUGGUAAAAAUAGUAAUCGACUGUAAACUUAAGAGUGUACACACAGUUUACACGUAUACUGGAAUAAACAUAAAGGAGUUAAAGGUACAAUUUGGCUAGUUUUUUUUUUUUUUCUCCCUAAUUUUAAAAGUGCGAUUUAUGGAAGGUUGACUGUAUUCCUGGUGUUGGUUGGUUUAUAUAAAAACUUUGCAAGCAAAAGACUAUAAUUUGAAUAUUUUUCCAGUACAGUGGACCCCCGGUUAACGAACUUUUUUCAUUCCAGUAGUAUGUUCAGGUGCCAGUACUGACCGAAUUUUUUCCCAUAAGGAAUAUUGUGAACUAGAUUAGUCCAUUUCAGACCCCCAAACAUACACGUACAAACGCACUUACAUAAAUACACUUACAUAAUUGGUCGCAUUUGGAGGUGAUCGUUAAGCGGGGGUCCACUGUAGUUACAAAAACUGAACGUUAAAUUAAAAUUCAGAACAAAAAGAUGAAUAUUUCAAAUAAGUAAAAAUAAUGAAGUUUAAAGUCGGCUUUAUUACUGUUAGGCCUAUUUUAUUAUUGUUAGGCCUAUUUUAUUAGGUCUGUAUUAUUACUGUUAGGCCUAUUUUAUUACUGUUAGGCCUAUUUUAUUAGGUCUGUAUUAUUACUGUUAGGCCUAUUUUAUUAGGUCUAUAUUAUUACUGUUAGGCCUAUUUUAUUAGGUCUAUAUUAUUACUGUUAGGCCUAUUUUAUUACUGUUAGGCCUACUUUAUUUCAAAAUUCAUAUUUCAUUGUUGUCUUCACUGUACCCUUGAUGUAGGUGAAGGGCUCUUGAUCCAAGGAAUUAUACCUGACCUUCUCUUCUUUGGGUUGAACCUGACUGCCUCACAUACCCCUCUGGCAUAUGACCCCUUCAGGUUUAGCACUUCCCACUAAGUAUAAUAGUAACAGUUUUGUGGUAAAAUAUAUAUCAGUGCAAUUUUAAUGACCUUUGAAGUACCUUAAUGCUGAUGGGCUCUUGAUUCAUGGAAUCAGAGCUACCCUAUUGUUCUUCUGAUUAGGUGUUGUAUGACCCUUAUGAGUUUAGUGCUUUCCAGUGCUUUUCCAUAUUUAAGAUACUAAUACUCUCACACAAAUUUAAAGUUAUUUUGACUAUUUUUUAACUUGAGAAUACUGAACUAGAUUUAGGUAUGUUUUUUUUUUUUUUUAAAUUCUUCUCUCAUCUACUUCACCAGGUAAUUUUUUUUUUAAUGCACCAGCCAUUUCCCAUUGAUGUAGGGUGACCCAAAAAAGUUGAAAUAUUCACUAGUAAUUUAGUUGCUGCAUUGAUGUAUGGUUAGCCAAAAAAAAAAAAAAAAAAAAAAGGAAACACAUUCACUGUCAUUCAUUCAAUCACUGUGUUGUCAGAAGUGUGCUGAUAUCACAGUUCACAUAAACCUCUGAACACUAACAUCACCCGUCCUUUAACCCUUUGAGGGUCGACAGGCCCUCUCCGAGACUCGUUCUCAGGGUUGGCCAAAUUUAAAAAAAAAAAUAAUAAUUUUUUCUUAUGAAAAGAUAGAGAAUCGUUUCCCGAUCAUAAUGACACCAAAAAUAUGAAAUUUGAUGGAAAACUUACGGAAUUAUGCUCUCGCGAAGUUAGCGGUCUCGGCGAUGUGUACGGAUCGGCGAUUUUGCCCACUUUGAGCCCCAUUUUCGGCCAGUUCCACUGUACUAGUCGACAAAAAACAUUAAUAUUUCGCUAGAACUCCAUUUUUUCUAUUGAAUGAGUGCAAGAAACCACCCAUUUACCAAUUUCAACUAUCCAGUGCAGUGGUCAGAAUUUAGCAAUUUUGACAAUUUCACACAAAUUUCAAAAGAUGCCAAUUUCCGAAUAGGGUCCAGAACAAACAAGAAAUGUAUUCCUGGCACUAAAAUGACAUUUCCAUUAGUCACGUCUCAGGACCCCACUUACAUUCUUUUGCUUUCCACUUUGAAUUUUUAUUCUCACAAAAAAUAGAAGAUUUACUGUUAUGCAGACUACUGUAUUAGUGUAAAAAAUGGUAUAAAUAAUAUCAGCGCACUUGUGAAAGAAUAUUAGACUCACCAGUUGACGUGUAUUGGACGCUUGGCAUGAUUUGUUUACUUUUGAACUUUGGUAAAAAUCGAACAUUUCUGCUACUUUGAGCUCAAUUUCAAGGUACUUUUCAUUGUAAAACCAGUCAAAAUCAUCUCAAUUUCUGUAAUAUGUCUUCCAUUCUAUAAAAUGAGACCAAGAAAACUAGAAUACAACAAUAAAUACCAUAUGAAAAUACAGUGCAAAGUCGCUGUUUUAUUCCAAAAAAACGGUUAAAGUUUUUUUUUCUCAUUAUGCACUGUGUGCUGCAGGAUUUUUUUUAUACCAUGCACACUGACCACAUAGACCCAUUCUUUCAUAUGGAGGCCUACCAGCUUUCUCCCACUAGAUUUGAGGGCGUUAGAAUUUAGGCAUACUAGUACGUCAAAAACCCUGGGUCGUAAGCCGUACUAGUACGUCCGAAACCCUCAAAGGGUUAAAAUGCAGGUUCUGUACUUCCCAACUCUAGGAUUCAAGUCUGGCUAACCACUCUCCCUGUGCACUAACUGCACUCAUAACAGUGGAAAGCCUUGAUCAGAUGACCCAAAGCUCCAGCUGUAGGUCAUCAUAUGACUGAGACCCACGUCAGGAAACACUCGUUCUGUUUCUUGACAAACCUUACCUAGCCUUCCUGGGAUGACUCCAGCCAGUCUUCCCUUCAGAUUUAUGUACAGUGGAACCUCAAAUAUCGAACUUUCUUCGGUCCAGAAGGCUGUUCAAGUGCCGCUACCAAACAAAUUUAUUCUCAUCAGGAAUAAUGUAAAUUAGAUUAGUCCAUUUCAGACCCUCAAAAAUACACUUAUAAAAGCACUUACAAAAAUACACUUACAUAAUUGGUUGAGUUGGGAGCAUUUCGAUUUCUGAGGUUCCACUGUAUCUUCCUAGUAUUCUUCUCCAUCUUCUCCUAUAUAUUUAAUACAGUCAGCGCUCUUGUACCUGGAAAGAGUUUUGGGGUCAACGCCCCUGCAGCCUGGGCCGUGACCAGGCCUGUUGCUAGUAUAUAGCAUCUCCUCACUUAACUACGGAGUUCCAUUCCUAAGACCACAUCGGUAAACAAAUUCGUCGCUAAACAAGGAGCAUACCAUAAUGGUAGUGGGUUUGUGUCAACCAUCUUUGAUAUU